GGCAAAAAGGGAGUGAAGGAGGACAGGAGAGGCAGAGGGGAAGAGGUUCAAGUGCAGGUUUUCUCCCUGAACCCAGAAGAUUAUGGGUCAGGAGCUGUGUGCAAAGACCGUGCAGCCUGGAUGCAGCUGCUACCACUGUUCGGAGCGAGGCGAGGCGCACAGCUGUCGGAGUCAACCUGAGACCACGGAGGCUGCGGUCGAGUUAACAGACCUAAAAGAAGCAUCCUGUUCUGUGACUUCAUUUCACCCCAGGAGACUUCAGGCUGUCAGUGCCCAGAGGUUCAAGAGUAAAAGGCCAUGGAGUAACAGCGAUUGUUUCCAGGAAGAGGAUCUGAGGCAGGGUUUUCAGUGGAGGAAGAGCCUCCCUUUUGGGGCAGCCUCGUCUUACUUGAACUUGGAGAAGCUGGGUGAAGGUUCUUAUGCUACAGUUUACAAGGGGAUUAGCAGAAUAAAUGGACAACUCGUGGCUUUAAAAGUCAUCAGCAUGAAUGCAGAGGAAGGAGUCCCAUUCACAGCCAUCAGAGAAGCUUCCCUCCUGAAGGGUUUGAAACAUGCCAACAUUGUGCUUCUGCACGACAUAAUCCACACCAAGGAGACACUGACUUUUGUUUUUGAAUACAUGCACACAGACCUGGCCCAGUACAUGUCUCAGCAUCCAGGAGGGCUUCAUCCUCAUAAUGUCAGGCUCUUCAUGUUUCAGCUUCUGCGGGGCCUGGCAUACAUCCACCACCAACACGUUCUUCACAGGGACCUGAAACCCCAGAACUUACUCAUCAGUCACCUGGGAGAGCUCAAGCUGGCUGAUUUUGGUCUUGCACGGGCCAAGUCCAUUCCCAGCCAGACAUACUCUUCAGAAGUCGUGACCCUCUGGUACCGGCCUCCUGAUGCUUUGCUGGGAGCCACUGAAUAUUCCUCUGAGCUGGACAUAUGGGGUGCAGGCUGCAUCUUUAUUGAAAUGUUCCAGGGUCAACCUUUGUUUCCUGGAGUUUCCAACAUCUUUGAACAGCUGGAGAAGAUCUGGGAGGUGCUGGGAGUCCCUACAGAAGAUACCUGGCCUGGAGUAUCCAAGUUACCUAACUACAACCCAGAAUGGUUCCCGCUGCCUAAGCCUCGGAGCCUUCAGCUUGUCUGGAACAGGUUGGAUAGGGUUCCCGAAGCGGAAGACCUGGCUUCCCAGAUGCUGAAAGGCUUUCCCAGAGCUCGUGUCUCUGCCCGGGAAGCGCUGGCUCACAGUUAUUUCAGUGCCCUGCCUUCGCAGCUGUACCAGCUUCCUGAUGGAUCUAUUAUUCUACACACUGAGAACCGCUGGGGACCUUCAAAGUUUUCUGGGCACCAGCUUUGCCUGACGGAGG